UACCAUAGCAACCCACGAGCCAGCACUAAGCCAGCCUCGCGCAGAGCUCGCGGUCCCGCUGAUUCUAGGCUGGACCCUACGCGGAGACCACGACAGUGGGGCGGCCGAGCCACGAUGCCCAGUGAAACUCUCUGGGAAAUCGCAAGAGCUGAAGUGGAAAAACGGGGAAGUAAUGGAAGUGAAGGCAAUGGAGUUGAAACUGGAGAAAAGUCUGUUUUCUUCAUUGGCAGUAAAAACGGGGGAAAGACUACUAUUAUUCUAAGGUGUCUUGACAGGGAUGAGCCAGCAAAACCAACCUUAGCCUUGGAAUAUACAUAUGGAAGGAGAGCAAAAGGACAUAACAUACCAAAAGAUAUUGCUCAUUUUUGGGAACUAGGUGGAGGAACCUCUUUACUGGAUUUAAUCAGCAUACCAAUCACAAGUGACACCUUACGGACAUUUUCUAUUGUUCUUGUUUUGGACCUUUCCAAACCUAAUGACCUUUGGCCCACCAUGGAAAAUCUGUUGCAAGCCACAAAACUUCAUGUAGAUAAAGUGAUGAUGAAACUGGGGAAGAAAAAUGCUAAAGCAGUUUCUGAAAUGAGACAGAAGAUAUGGAGCAAUAUGCAGAAGGACCAUCCAGAUUGUGAAUUAAUUGACCCAUUUCCAAUUCCUCUGGUCAUAAUUGGAAGUAAAUACGAUAUUUUUCAGGAUUUUGACUCUGAGAAGAGGAAGGUAAUAUGCAAGACACUUCGAUUUGUUGCACAUUAUUACGGAGCAUCAUUAAUGUUUACCAGUAAAUCAGAAGCUCUAUUACUAAAAAUACGUGGAGUUAUUAACCAGUUGGCAUUUGGCAUUGACAAAAGCAAAUCAACAUGUGUGGAUCAGAAUAAACCACUGUUUGUCACAGCAGGAUUGGAUUCUUUAAGUCAAAUAGGAUCUCCUCCCGUUCCUGACAAUGACAUUGGAAAGUUUCAUGCCCAUUCACCAAUGGAAUUGUGGAAAAAAGUGUAUGAAAAGCUCUUUCCACCAAAGAGUGUCAACACAUUAAAAGAUGUCAAGGACCCUGCAAGAGACCCUCAGUAUGCUGAAAGCGAAGUUGAUGAAAUGAGAAUUCAGAAGGAUCAGGAACUGGAACAGUACAAAAGAAGUUCUUCCAAGUCUUGGAAACAAAUUGAGCUUGGUUCCUGAACCUAAUGCAACUAGAGGGUAUUUAUUUCUUCUUUUCCAAAUACAAGUAAGAUUAUUUUAUUACUUAAUAUUAUAUUAAUAAGUGAGGAAAGUCUACAUGUGUAAUUUGUUAAAGGAAAAGUGGAAUUUCUUGUAUUAGUGCAACUCCCUGCAUACUUUUAACUCUCUUAAAAGGGAAAAAUUUGUAUAAUUACAUGCAAUAUUUUUUUAAAAAUAAAAAAUCUUGCAGGACCUAC